UCACAACCAAUAUCAUCCAACUAAACGAAGCCUUAGCUCCGUAUCCAUAAGGGCUGCCUAAUAACAGUUACAUGCCGGUAACCGGUCCACGUCCCUCCAUCGCAUUGGCCAGGUGAACGGCCGCUGACUGCGCACGGCUCAUUGUGCCUGCGACGCUCCUGCACUACGAUUCUGUGUUACUGUUCCUCUUCUGUAAACAUGAAGCUGCCAGAAUACUUUGAGCUGGAUGGAGGCGACCGCAUGCCGAGAAUCGGCUUCGGGACUUGGCAGGCAUCAGACGAGGAGCUAGAGUCAGCGGUGGCCGAUGCCCUGGCGGCUGGCUACCGGCACUUCGACUCGGCGCGCGCCUACGAGAACGAGGCGGCGCUGGGCCGCGCGCUCAACAAGUGGAUCGGAGGGGACAAGGCCAAGCGACGGGAACUGUUCGUCGUCACCAAGCUGCCGCCUGGAGGUAACCGUCCAGACCUAGUCCAGGAGUACUUCGACAAAUCCUACUCGGACCUGGGUCUGGAGUACAUCGACCUGUACCUGAUGCACACGCCGUUCGCCUUCGAGCACGUGCCCGGGGACCUGCACCCCAAGAACCCCGACGGCUCCAUGAGGGUGGACCUGACUACUGACCUCAUCGCGGUGUGGAAGGCGCUUCAAAAGCUGAAAGAGUCCGGGCGCGUGCGUCACGUGGGCGUGUCGAACGUGAACGCGCAGCAGCUGCAGCGCUUGACGGCGGCUGGACGGCCCGCGUGCCUGCAGAUAGAGAUGCACGCGCUGUGCCAGCAGGAGGAGAUGAUCGCAGCCGCUGCAGCGCUGAAUAUACCUGUGGUCGCGUACUCGCCGCUCGGGUCGAAAGCUCUCGCUGACGCACUGGCUGCUAAGACUGGUCGCGAGUACCCGGACCUGCUGACCCUCCCCGCAGUGCGGGCGGCGGCGGCGGCGCACGGACGCACGCCCGCGCAGGCGCUGCUGCGGUACGCGCUGCAGCGAGGCGUCGCGGUCAUACCGAAGAGCACUAACCCGCAGCGGAUAUUACAGAACAUAUCGCUAUGGGACUUCAACCUGUCUGAGUCUGAGAUGGCGUCGCUGCGCGCGCUGGACCGCGGCGCCGCCGGCCGCAUCUGCGACUUCUCGUUCUUCCCCGGCGUUGAGAAGCACCCCGAGUUCCCCUUCAACAAGUAAACACCAUUUACAUACCACUUGAGGUCAUAUAAAAUGAAUUUAUAAAGUGACGAAAUAAGGAAAUGUACCGAAUGUGAGAGCCGUUGGAUUUGGCAGUUACCUAAGCUAGAUUUUAUAUUAAUUAUUUAAAUUUAUACAGCGUUAUAAUAUUGUUAUGAUUUAUGAUAUCAGUAUUGAAUAUAUUUAUGAACUAUUA